AUGAGUGACGAUGAUUCGGAGAUGCCAGGCAAUCGGGCGAUUCGAUUGCCAAAAAAAGCGGCAAAAGUAAAGAAUAAGGCACCGGCGCCUUUGCAAAUUACAGCCGAACAACUUUUGCGAGAAGCUAAAGAAAGAGAACUUGAAUUGAUUCCUCCACCACCAAAAACUAAAAUCACUGAUCCGGAAGAGCUUAAAGAAUAUCAGAGGAAGAAACGGAAGGAGUUUGAAGAUGGAAUUCGAAAAAAUCGACAACAACUUGCAAAUUGGAUUAAAUAUGGAAAAUGGGAAGAGUCGAUUGGAGAAAUUCAACGAGCUCGAUCUGUUUUUGAAAGAGCUUUGGAUGUGGAUCAUCGCUCAAUUAGUAUUUGGUUGCAAUAUGCUGAAAUGGAAAUGCGAUCGAAACAAAUUAACCACGCAAGAAAUGUUUUUGAUCGAGCAAUUACAAUUAUGCCAAGAGCAACACAAUUCUGGCUGAAAUAUUCGUAUAUGGAAGAAGUUAUUGAAAAUGUGCCUGGUGCUCGACAAAUCUUUGAAAGAUGGAUGGAAUGGGAACCGCCAGAGCAAGCAUGGCAAACUUAUAUCAAUUUUGAGAUCAGAUAUAAGGAAAUCGAUAGAGCUCGAAGUAUUUAUCAAAGAUAUUUACAUGUUCAUGGAUCGAAUGUUCAAAAUUGGAUAAAAUAUGCGAAAUUUGAAGAAAGAAAUGGAUAUAUUGGAAAUGCUCGAGCUGCUUAUGAACGAGGAAUGGAAUAUUUUGGAGAAGAAUCAAUUAAUGAGACAAUUCUUAUUGCUUUUGCACUAUUUGAGGAAAGACAAAAAGAGCAUGAAAGAGCUCGAGCAAUUUUCAAAUAUGGAUUGGAUAAUUUACCAUCAAAUAGAACUGAAGAAAUAUUCAAACAUUAUACACAACAUGAGAAAAAAUUUGGAGAAAGAGUUGGAAUUGAAGAUGUUAUUAUUAGUAAAAGAAAAACACAGUAUGAAAAGGUAACGAUUUAUUUUGAGAUUUGAAAAUAAUUUGAUUUUCAGAUGGUCGAUGAGAAUGGUUAUAAUUAUGAUGCUUGGUUUGAUUAUCUUAGAUUGUUGGAAAAUGAAGACGCUCCAAAAGAAGAAAUUGAAGAUUUAUACGAGCGAGCUAUUGCCAAUGUUCCACCACAUGAUGUAAUUUUUUCUCGUUAAAGUUUUCCCGAAACUUUAUAAAAUAUUAUCCUUUCAGGAAAAGCGAUAUUGGCGGAGAUACAUUUAUCUUUGGAUAAAUUACGCGUUAUAUGAAGAACUUGUUGCAAAAGAUAUUGAAAGAACACGAGCGGUUUAUACAGCUUGUCUCGAUAUUAUUCCUCAUAAAUUCUUUACUUUUGCCAAGAUUUGGAUAAUGUUUGCACAAUUUGAAAUCAGACAAUUGAACUUGGCGGAAGCUCGGAAAAUUUUGGGAGUUUCGAUUGGAAAAUGUCCAAAGGACAAGCUUUUCAGAGCUUAUAUCGAUCUCGAAUUGCAGCUUCGAGAGUUUGAUAGAUGCCGGAAAUUGUAUGAGAAAUUCAUUGAAAAUUCACCAGAAAGUAGUACAACGUGGAUCAAGUUUGCUGAACUCGAAACACUUUUGGGAGAUAUGGAAAGAGCAAGAGGUGUUUUUGAUAUUGCAAUUCAACAACCUGCUUUGGAUAUGCCUGAAUUAUUGUGGAAAGCUUAUAUUGAUUUUGAAGUUUCGGCUGAAGAAAAUGAGAAAGCAAGAGAUUUGUAUGAAACAUUAUUGCAGAGAACAAAUCAUAUCAAGGUGAGACAAUGUUACAAUUUUUCGAACACUUUUUGGCUUCAAGUCUUCUUUUUUAUUCGUUUUCCGAAUUUAAAAAAUAAUUUGUAAUGAAAUUAACAAAAUAUUUAUCAAAGUUCACGUCAAAAAAUAUCAAUUUAAUUGCAGGUUUGGAUCUCGAUGGCCGAAUUUGAACAGAGCAUUGAAAACUUUGACGGAGCCCGAAAGGUUUAUGAAAGAGCAAAUCGAUCACUUGAAAAUGCUGAUAAAGAAGAACGACUAAUGUUAUUAGAAGCAUGGAGAGAUUCAGAAAAACGAGCAGGAAAUGAAGAAGAAUUGAAACGAGUUGAACAAAUGAUGCCGAAAAAAGUGAAAAAACGACGACAAAUUCAAACAGAAGAUGGAGUUGAUGCUGGAUGGGAAGAAUAUUUCGAUUAUAUUUUCCCACAAGAUCAAGCUGCUAAAGGAUCAUUCAAAUUGUUGGAAGCAGCUGCGAGAUGGAAAAAACAAAGAGAGGAAAUGGCAAAGGUUGGAAAUAUUUAACAUUGUGCAUUUGAAACUACCGUCUUUUUCUGAAAUGAAACUAGAUACAUUUCUGAUUCUGAAGCUUGGAACUAUUUUAACUUCCGGUUUCUCAUAUAUGUUUUCUUAUGGACCUGGAAUCCAAAAUUCAUUUUUUUUUUCCAGGCUGCCGCUGAAACGUCGGAUCGAGUUGAUCGAGAAAACGAAGAAAAUGAAGAGGAGGAAGAGAAAGAAAAAGUUCGAGAAGGUAUGUUUUUGAACAAAUAAUUUAAUUUCAAAAAAAAACCAUCACAUUAAUGUCUCCCAUAAAAAUUAUGGAUGUCAUAUUUUCUCCCCCAAAUUUUCAAUUUUUAGGCGAUAGUGAUACCGAUAUGGAAUCGGAUAGCAGUGUUUCAUCACCAUCUUCAUCUUCGUCAUCUUCAGAGGACAGUGAUCAAGAUUAG